UCCACCGCCCCGCCGCGUCUUCUGCUCGUCGACGCCGGCGGCGGCGGCAAUCAUCUUUCAAUGCCUCCUUUCUCUUUCCGCUGCUGAUCUCCCCGAUCGCCUCGGCUCCCGUGUACCCAUCACACCCGUCACCGUCUUCUGCUUGUUCGUCUCUCCAACCCGACGUCCCUGUCCCUCUGAUUGAUACAUUUACUUCCGGAUCUUGGUUCCUCGAAUUCGCGGCGUUUACACGUGAAUUCAUCCGCUUUUCCGUGCUGUUCUUUUAUGUGUGGGCGGUGAUCGCCGGUGAGAAGUAACCGCGUUUCAGGUGUGCUGGUGGUGUACUCCAGGCUGGGACACGCCGCCAUUGCCGUUCUUGGAGCUCCGCGUUUUUGAGACCGAGCUCGUGGUCUCGUUUAUAAGGAUUGGUUCGUUCGUCUGUUCACGGGCCGCCAUUGUUUGGUUGUGAUCGAGCUUGGCUCUGUUCUCGGAUCGUGAAUCUUGGAGUUGAUUUUUUUUUGGAUAGAAGUACUGGAGUUCUUGGUCGGAGUUCCAUAGCUGUCCAGGAGGCCGCGUUUAUCGCCUGCUGCGAUUGGGAGGGGAUCUAUUGCGGUAGGUGGUGAUCGGCGAACGCGAUGGCGGAUCUCGCCGUGCUCCGGCGGUGGCUCGGCGUGGUGAUGGUGGCAAUGGCGGCGGCCGCGUCGUGGUCCGGCGGUAGCCUCUCGGCGGCGGAGGCGCUGGGGAUGAACUGGGGCACGCAGGCGUCGCACCCGCUGCCGCCCAAGGUCGUCGCGCAGCUGCUCAAGGACAACGGCGUCAAGAAGGUGAAGCUGUUCGAUGCCGACCAGGACACGCUCAGCGCGCUCGCCGGCACGGGAAUCGAGGUCAUGGUCGCCAUCCCCAACGUCAUGCUCGACUCCAUCACGGACUACGAUACUGCCAAGGAGUGGGUCCGGCGCAACGUCUCCCGCUACAACUUCGACGGCGGCGUCACCAUCAAGUACGUCGCCGUCGGGAACGAGCCGUUCUUGGCGGCGUACAACGGCACGUUCGACAAGGUGACGCUGCCGGCGCUGAUGAACAUCCAGAACGCGCUGAACGACGCCGGCCUCGGGGACAGCAUCAAGGCCACCGUGCCGCUCAACGCCGACGUGUACAACUCACCGGCGGACCAGCAGGUGCCGUCGGCGGGGCGGUUCCGCGCCGACAUCGCCGACCUGAUGACGCAGAUGGUGCAGUUCCUGGCCAACAACAGCGCGCCCUUCACCGUCAACAUCUACCCCUUCAUCAGCCUCUACCUCAACGACAACUUCCCCGUCGACUUCGCCUUCUUCGACGGCGGCGCGACGCCGGUGGCCGACAACGGCAUCUCCUACACCAACGUGUUCGACGCCAACUUCGACACGCUGGUGGCGGCGCUCAAGGCGGUCGGGCACGGCGACAUGCCCAUCAUCGUCGGCGAGGUCGGCUGGCCCACCGACGGCGACAAGCACGCCACCGCCGCCUACGCGCAGCGCUUCUACAACGGCCUCCUCAGGCGGCUCGCCGCCAACGCCGGCACGCCGCUCCGGCCGGGGCAGUACAUCGAGGUCUACCUCUUCGGCCUCCUCGACGAGGACGCCAAGAGCGUCGCGCCGGGCAGCUUCGAGCGCCACUGGGGCAUCCUCCGGUUCGACGGCCAGCCCAAGUACCCCGUCGACCUCACCGGACAGGGGCAGAACACCAUGCUCGUGCCGGCCAAGGACGUGCAGUACCUGUCCAGGACGUGGUGCGUCGUCAACACCAACGCCAAGGACACCAGCAAGCUCGCCGACAACAUCAACUUCGCCUGCACCUUCGCCGACUGCACGGCGCUCGGCUACGGCUCCACCUGCGCCGGCAUGGACGCCAACGGCAACGCCUCCUACGCCUUCAACGCCUACUUCCAGGUGCAGAACCAGAAGGACGAGGCCUGCGACUUCCAGGGCCUCGCCAUGCCCACGCAGACUGACCCCUCCACCCCGGCCUGCAACUUCACCGUGCAGAUCGCCGCCACCUCGGCGGGCCACCGCCGGCGACCGGCCGCCGUGCUGGCUGGCUUCCUUCCAUUUGUUCUUGCUGCAUUAGCUUGAUUUACUACAGUUUUACACAGGCUUUUCAUUACGGUCAUUCUUGGUGUUAGUAAUUAGUAAAAUCCUUUUGUACUGAUGGUACAUUUCAGCAUAUAUACCGAGAUAAUUUUUCACAAACUUGAUGUGCUCACACAGUGGUGAUGACAUUGC